CAAACCUCCUUUUAAAACUUAAAAUCAUAGCUCAGUCAAGUUACUAAGAAAUCAUCGUGAGUAAGGAUCUGCUGCUUUUGCUACAAUGGCUUCUUAUACUGUAUACAAUCAACAAGGAAAUAAUGCAAGAUAUUAUGUACCUUCUACUGUCCAGGGAAACCCAGCAGGCUCUAGACCUGCUCUCUACCAGUUUUCAGAAAACCAGAAAAAGUGUUUGAAUGGUGAACCAAAGGCUUUAGGGGUUGUCCAGAUCGUGAUUGGAAUACUAAACAUCUUAAUUGGCAUCAUUCUUUUAACAAGUUUCUCAAUGUUGAAUUUUACUGGUAUUUCUAUUUGGGGAGGUAUAUUUUAUAUCAUUUCAGGAUCUUUGAGUGUUGCUUCAGACAGAUAUCAUAAUCAAUCCUUGAUUAAUGGAAACCUAGCCAUGAAUAUCAUCAGCAGCAUUUCAUCUGGUAUUGGAAUCAUCUUUUGUGGUAUAGAUUUGAUUAUAGCUAUGGACGACUAUGACAGACCUUAUAUGUAUGAGCACAAAUACCGAGUAUUCCAGGGGUCACAGUUAAGAAAGGGUGUGGUUGGUGUGUUGGUGGUAUUUCUGCUGCUCGAGUUGUGUGUGUCCAUUUCAAGUGCAGCCUUUUCUUGCAAAGUUCUCUGCUGCAAUGAUAUGCCCAUGACUGCUGGUCAACAGUGUGACAUACAGUUAACACAACAUGAAGUUGCCUCAGCAAGUGCCCCGAAUUACCCCGCUACAUCCCAGCAGAUAUCUUACAAUAUUCCUCCUCCUCCUCCUUAUCUUCCAACUUCCUUAUGAAUGCUUUCACCAAAAAUUGCCUGCUUAAACUAUGUAAUACAGUGGUAACAUUCUAAAUAAAAAUUUUAGUAUCAAAUGUGCAACAAUAUGCCACACUGUCACCCUUGGAAUAAAAUAUGUCUGGCUUUGA